CCGAGGAAGGAGAGUGGAAAGGGCUCUGUCUUCUUCCCUGGCGCAGAGGAAGCAGAGAGCUUGUUGGGUAAAGAGACGGUGCCCGUCUGGGCUGCCGCGGGCUCCCUCUGCAGUUCCCGUUCCUCGGCUGGUUGCAGCAGCAGGCUCGCUCCCCAGCCUCUCUCGCAGGCCGAGCCGACCCGCCGGGACCGCCGUCCGAAGGGGCACUUGGAGACCUCCCUGGCUGGCAUAGCGGCCCGGCGCCCUUGCAGAAGAGCGCGGCCAGGGACAUCAUGGUCCCGCUGGGCGCCUUCCCGGGGAAGCUGCUGCUGCUGGCGCUGCUGCUGCUCGGCGGCGCCUUAAGCUUGGCUGGCGGGGCCCCGACGGCCGCGAGCGCGCCGCCGCCGGCCGUGCCUUGCCAGGCCCCGCUGCAGUGGGAAGGGCGCACGGUGGUGUACGACCACAGCAGCGGCAGGAACACCCGGGCGGCCGUGUCCUACGACGGCCAGAACCAGCGCCUGCGGAUCCUGGAGGAGAGGAAGGGGCUCAUCCCUUGCAAGAAAUUUUUUGAAUAUAUCUACCUCUAUAAAGACUCGGUGAUGUUUCAGAUUGAGCAAGUGACAAAGCUGUGUUCCAAGAUUGCCUUGACUGAGCCGUGGGAUCCUUACGAUAUUCCCGACAACUCAACCUACGAAGAUCAGAACUACAUUGGAGGACCCGGGGACCAAAUUAUGGUACAGGAAUGGUCUGACAGAAAGCCAGCUAGGAAAUCUGAAACCUGGGUUGGCGUUUAUACAGUCAAAGACUGUUACCCAGUGCAGGAGACCUACACCAGGAACUACAGCGUAACAACCUCCACCCGAUUCUUUGACCUAAAGCUUGGGAUAAGUGAUCCAUCUGUAUUCACGCCUCCCAGCACCUGCCAGACAGCACAACCAAACAAGAUGAGCGAGGAAUGCUGAUCAUGGAGAUCGGCUGUUACAUGCAAACAUAUGUAAUAUAAUCAUUAACCCUCAGCUGCUGAUGUCUUGACAUGGUUGUUGCACUGGGCUUUGGGAAUGAGAUCUCUCGUUGACUAGAAAAAGUGAGAGAAGCCGUCUCUCCACCAGAGUCUCGUUCUAAUAUUGUCCUCAUAUUCUAUACACUUAAUCAGUGAAGCAUUUCUUUUAGCCGCUCCAUUUUUGUUGGAAGAACCCGUUGCUUAUAUUUCCCAAGAGACACAUUGUGCUUUUAAAGCAGAUUAAAAGAUCACGUGCAUUUGCUCGUUUGGGGGAAAUGACCAGACUGUAAGACAUGUAGUAGGGAAGGCAUUUCCAUAACAUGCCACCAUUAACCGAUUAUGUAGAAAGAUUUCCUUAACAUCUUGGAAGUUGUCACAGUGGAUGAAUUUGCUUUUGGAGGGGGAAAAAUCAAGCAUAACUAUUCAUAUAAUAAGUGACUGGUGUGAUGCUAGGAAUACUACCUCUUCUACUUCUUCUUCUUCUACUACUACUUCUACUUACUACUGCUUUCAUGGGAUCUGAUGGGAUUUCCUUCUCUUUUAUGCACCCCGUAUUAAAUAUGCUUUGUUAAAGCAAUGUUCCUUUGAAUUUACGCAAAAAAGGAUUGCUAUACUUGUUUAACAAUCUCUCAAUGAAAACCUAUAGAGCUGGUGUCUUGUCAGAAAUAUAUAUUUGGCAACAUUAGAUAUAUUUAGGAUUCAAAUGCACUGCACCCAAUGAAUAUAUAUAUAUAUAUAUAUAUAUAUAUAUAUAUAUAUAUACACACACACACACACACACACACACACACACACACAGUAUAGUAUUUUUUUGUAAUUAUUAGUAGUUAACCUCUGCCAACAAACUUCAACUGUUUAACAGCCCCUUGCACUGAAGACUGCUGCUAUUCAUUAGCUUUGUUUUAUUUUUAGGAUUGUUUUAAUUUUGUGGGCAUUUAUUUGUAAGUCAUGUGUGAGUUUGGUUUUUGUCAGAGGAAGUAUGGUGCAAAUAAGUCAGUGGGGGCCGCUCUUGGAAUUGCAGGGGCCUCUGUGUGCUCGGCAGUCAACCUGCAGAGUUCUGGACUAAGCUAAGCAUUGGUAUUAUUUUAGACGUCUCAUUGAAAUUGGGGGUCAUUUACCCUUAUUGGCUAGGAAAAGGAGACCAUCUUUUGUCAAGAAAGCAGGAAGGUCCUGCUUCUUUAGUACAUAGAAGAACUACACACCCAUCAGUGGUGACGUAGAUCUUCUGUAACUGUUCCCUCUGUAAUGUUCAGUGAUUGGGCAAGGCCUGCUGUGCCUUCCUCCCAUUCUCCGCCAUACCUGCCAAGUUGCUGUCAGAUAAAUAAGGGACCGGGCCAGAAAUAGCAGACCGGAAGUAGCGCUGCCGCCAUUUUGGAACUGGACGGAGCAUGCUCAGAAGUGACUUUUGAUGCUGCUUUGCCCAGUUCCAAAAUGGCCACCGCGCCAGAAUAAACCGGGGGAAAACAAAAAAAAUCCGUUUUUUCAGCUAGGAACAGCUGGGAAAACGGGGAUUUCCCGGGGAAAACAGGAGACUUGGCAGCUAUGGUCUCCGCAUGUUCAAUGGAAGCAUGAAGGAAAUUCAAUGCAUACACAUAGCACCCAUCAUUCCUUUUGCUCAACACAUCAAGGUUGGAAAUGGGGCUUCGGGUGCAACCCUGGACCCUAGUCACGCCCUGACUGAAGUCGUGGAAGGGGAGGAGAGAACAGGGUCCGUUUCUUGCAUCAGACAGGGUCAAAGCGAGAGUGCUUAUCAGUGCCUUUAAAUAUAUGUGUACUUCCAUAUAACGACAUUGCACUUUAUGGAGUAACAAAGACGGGUCCUCAGCCCGAGCAGUUAGCAAUCUAAAAUUUGAAAUGGGGGGGGAGGGGGGAUAAAGAUGGCGGGUGAGUUUAAUAGGGAGUGUACGCUUACUCUGGUCACACACACUUGGCUUUGCCAUCACAGGUGUUUUUGAAGAAAGAUUUGUAGAAAGAGAAAAGCACAGAUAAGUGUUCUAGGAGGGAGGUUUAGCUGUGAGAAGCAGCAAGGAGAAAGGGCAGCGUUAUCUGAGAUGGCAGGAAACCUCCAGGCAACAGAGAACAGCGACACUGCUGGCUUCUAUGGUAAGGAAAGGGACCUUUUGCUGGAUCCAUGAGAAUUUCAGGAAGGCUUUUCCAUGGUCUGAAGGUGAAAAGAGACGGGUGGUUUUGGUGGCAGAAUUCUGGGUGGAGGUGAGAAGGCCAAGGUGUGGUACUAGAAAGUCGGAUAGGAGGUGACAGUAGAAAAGGAGGGAGAUAAAACAAGGGCGAGGAACUGCCAAUCUGCAGUAUGGGGCUUCUGUUUCUGGCUUGUGAAAAGCCUUCUAUUGGGGGCCACACAUACCCACCCACCCUGCCAAUUAGGUUUGUAAAAUGCCAUCUGUUGGCGUUUGCCUCUCCUGCCUACUUGCCCAAAAGCAUACGUGCCAAAUUCCUCUCUGAAAAAUAAGGGACCGGACCGGAAGUAGCACUGCCGCCAUUUUGGAACUGGGCGGAGCAUGCUCAGAAGCGACUUUUGAUGCUGCUCUGCCCAGUUCCAAAAUGGCCGCCGCACCAGAAGUCGCGCUGCAGCCAUUUUGGAACUGGGCAGAGCAUCAUCAAAAGUCGCUUCUGAGCAUGCUCCGCCCAGUUCCAAAAUGGCUGCCGCGCCAGAAUAACCCGGGGGAAAACAAAAAAAAUCUGUUUUUUCGGCUGGGGACAGCAGGAAAAACGGGGGUUUCCCGGGGAAUACGCGAGACUUGGCAGCUAUGCCCAAAAGGCUGUCCUGCCGCAAUUUGAUAGUGGUUGGUGGCAGGGGGAAGCCUUCAGUAGAAGCCUGUUUUGCAAGGAGGUGUUACAGAGGUGGAGAGGAUCUUCCUGGAAAUUGCAGUAGAAGAGGCUGGGGAUGUUGGGAGGGGGAGACCAGAACAUACUGGAGCGCAUCAGGUUGGCAUCGGCUGUAAUGCAGAAAUAGUUUUACAAGUUAGUGGCCUGCCCUAAACAACUUAAGCAGCACAGCAAAUAUAAUAAUAAUCUGCCAAGAGUUAUUGACACAUAUAUUCAGGUCGUAUUUGUUGAAAGCAGAUGGGUAAUAAACAUACUCAAAUGUUCAUCAUUUCUCAGAUGUUACUAAUAAUAAUUUCCUCAUACAUGACCCCAAUGUGUUAAUGUUAAUGUUUAUUUUUAUUGUCGUUGUUUGUAUUUAACCUAUGUGGCCAAUGUAUUUUGGAACCGCCUUGUGUGUAGCACUAUAGAAAGGGGAUAUACAAAUUAAAAGUGAAAUUCAAUUAAAUGAACAAAUAGCACAUUCUGUCGAGACAGAAAACAUUAAAGUUGCAAAAUGUAUUAAGAAUCUUGAUUAAAA